UCCCGGCAACAAAGGAUUCAACAGAAUUCCCAUUUUGUUUAAGAUGGCUGUGGACAAUAUGGUUGAGAUGGAGGCUCCACUUCCCUCCUUUAAACCUGCGACGCCUGAGUUAGCAGUUGAAAAAGUAGAGAAGAAUACAGAUAAGGAGGAGCGUGGAGGAUGGAGAACUUUUCCUUUUAUUAUUGGAAAUGAGGUCUCCUCUGGAAUAGCAAUCACUGGUUUGGCAGCAAACAUGAUUGUUUACUUAACCACAGAGUUCAACAUAAACAACAUUGAAGCCACCCAUAUCAUCAACAUAUCAAGUGGAGGAAUCGAGCUGGCUCCAUUAAUAGGAGCAUUUCUUGCAGAUGCAUAUCUGGGUCGCUUUUGGGCAAUUUCCAUUGGUUCAGUUCUAUCAAUAAUUGCAAUGAUUCUUCUACUGCUGACGGCCAUUAUAGAUUCCUUAAGACCACCUCCAUGUAGUCCCAAUCUAAGAGCUGCAGGAAGUUGUGUUCGCCCCACCACAGGACAGUAUGGUGUUCUGUAUCUUUAUUUUGCAUUGUUAAUUGCAGGAGCUUCAGGAGCAAGGUACAAUUCAGGAGCUUUUGGGGCAGAUCAGUUUGCAAAGGGUGGUAGAAAACAGAUUCAAAGUUUCUUCAACUGGUAUUAUUGUAUGCUCUUUGUCUCCAUCAUGAUAGCCUCCACUGUGAUUGUGUAUAUUCAAUCUAAUGUGAGCUGGGCAUGGGGAUUUGGGAUUUGUGUUGCACUCACGGGGAUAUCUUUAGUAUUAUUCUUGUCCGGGACGAGGUUUUACAAUUGUAUACGUCCAGAGGGUAGCCCCUUCACAGGGCUAACACAAGUUGUAGUGGCGUGCUUGAGAAAAAGGCAUCUGCGAUUGCCUUCCAAUGGAGAGGAUUUAUACUAUGGAAUAACAGUUCAAUCCGGGCUUGCCCUUACACAGCAGUUCAGGUUUCUGAACAAGGCCGCCAUAAAAACAUCACAGGACAUUUCAGCAGAUGGGCAUUCAAAUCUGAAUCCAUGGAGGCUGUGCACAGUUCAACAAGUGGAAGAGCUAAAAUCCAUUAUAAAAACAUUGACAAUCUGGAGUGGUAUAAUCAUCCCUGCCAUUCUGUAUACCCAGCAGAACACAUUCUCAGUGUUGCAGGCAUUGACAAUGGACAGGCAUCUGGGUUCCCAUUUCAAAAUACCCGCGGCUUCUUACAUUGUCUUCAAUCUCCUCGCCUGUGCAAUAACAUUAGGUAUGUAUGAAAAUAUGGUGGUCCCGUGGGCUGCUGCGAAGGGAAUAAAAAUAACACAGCUGAGGAGAAUAGCAACAGGCAUGGUUAUCAACAUAGUGGGGAUGGCAGUGGCGGCCAUAGUGGAAAGAAAGCGUCUGAAUAGAUCUGCAGAGGAAUCGGCAUUUUGGCUCCUUCCUCAGCAUGUAUUCAUUGGGGUGGGAGAAGGAUUUCUGAGUGCAGGGAGGAUUGAUUUCUUUUACUCUGAAUUUCCAGAAACAGUACGCAGCACGGCCACUGGUUUAGUCGCUGCGAGUAUGGCGACUGGGUUUUAUUUGAGCAGUUUGUUGGUGAGUAUCAUUCAUCAAAAUACAGAUUGGCUAAAUGAUGGUCUGAACUAUAGCCGUCUUGAUUGCUUUUACGGCCUACUCUGUGUAAUGGGUGUGCUGAACUUUUGUUACUUCACAAUAUGCGCUCGUUGGUAUAAAUACAAAGCAAAAAUAGAAGGAUCUCACAACACAUCUACGCCAUGAAAUGCAAAGGAAUGUCAGGGCUUCUCAAAAUAAGUACAAAAUAUAUUUGUACUCUGGAUUUUGCUCGAUCUAAAUGAAUUAACUUUUUUAAGUAUUCAAUUAUGUUUA